AUGAAGCUCAUUGUAGCUGGUGCAACCGGUCUGGUGGGCUCGGAGAUCAUUAAGCAAUGCCUGCAAAUCAACGAGAUCACCCAGGUUAUCGCACUAGCUCGGAAGCCCGUCCAAGUUGAAGAAGGAACAGACCCGACGUCGAAGCUUAUAACAAGCAGCUUUGACUUUGCUGAGGUCAAGCGCGUGUGUCAAGACUGCACUCUCGCGGGAUUCAAGGCCAUGUACGAGGCCGGUCCCGCGAAACCCUUCCGUUUCAUCUACUUCAGUGCCGAUGGUACACCCAGAGAUCCGAUCAAAAGGCCAGCCAUCAUGGGUGACUAUCAAGUCAUGCGCUGCGAAACAGAGCUCAUGGUUAUCAAGCUUCCUGAAGAGUACCCGGGGGUCGAGAUCUGUAUCGCUCAACCCGGAGUAGUGGUCAAUUCCACUACUUUUGGGAGAUCUGUACUGGCCUCGGUGUUCCAUGUCCUUAACGCUUUCACGCGCACAAUCCCAAAUAUUGAUCGGGAAGAGCUUUCGGCGGCAGUUCUAGACUUGGCUGUGAAGGGAUUCGAUCAGGAAACGGUUAAGAAUAACGACCUAGUUCGUCUUGGACAGGCAGUGCUGAAAUAG